AUGGAAUCCCAGCAAGUUGAUGUGGAUAGUAUUAUUGAUAGGUUGUUGGAAGUGAGGGGUUCUAAGCCUGGGCAGCAAGUUGAUCUUGAGGAGCAUGAGAUCAGACAUCUGUGCUCGAAGGCGCGGUCUAUAUUCAUCAAGCAGCCGAUUCUGCUGGAGCUAGAGGCUCCUAUCAAGAUCUGUGGUGAUAUCCACGGGCAGUACUAUGAUCUACUUCGUCUGUUUGAGUAUGGUGGGUUCCCACCUGAGUCCAACUACUUGUUUCUAGGUGACUAUGUCGACCGUGGUAAGCAAUCACUUGAGACCAUAUGUUUAUUGCUGGCAUACAAGAUCAAAUACCCAGAGAACUUCUUCAUCUUGAGAGGUAACCACGAGUGUGCAUCCAUUAAUAGAAUCUACGGUUUUUACGAUGAGUGUAAGAGACGUUAUAACAUCAAGUUGUGGAAGACAUUCACAGACUGUUUCAACUGUUUGCCUAUUGCAGCCAUUAUCGACGAGAAGAUCUUCUGUAUGCACGGUGGUCUAUCCCCAGACUUGAACAGCAUGGAACAGAUCAGAAGAGUAAUGAGACCAACCGAUAUCCCAGAUGUCGGCUUGCUAUGUGAUUUAUUGUGGUCAGAUCCAGAUAAGGAUAUUGUAGGUUGGAGUGAAAACGAUAGAGGUGUCUCAUUUACUUUCGGUCCGGACGUCGUGAAUAGAUUCUUACAGAAACAAGAUAUGGAACUGAUCUGUAGGGCACAUCAAGUCGUGGAAGAUGGUUACGAAUUCUUCAGUAAAAGACAACUGGUUACCCUGUUUAGUGCACCAAAUUACUGUGGUGAGUUCGAUAACGCCGGUGCCAUGAUGAGUGUUGAUGAGAGUUUAUUAUGUUCAUUCCAAAUCCUAAAGCCUGCUCAAAAGAGUUUGCCAAGACAACAAGCCGGUAGAAAGAAGAAAUAG